CUCCAUCUCUCCCUCCCUCCCUCCUCUUGGCUCUUAUAACGGAGCCGUCCCAUCACAGAGGAGCUUUCGCUUCACUUGACUUCACACUGGGACACGGACCAACAUGUACUGGGAUUCCGCUAUCAAGCCCGACACCAAAAUAAAGAUGGAAGUGUGCCAAGGUGGCUUCUACGGGGAGGACUUUAGAACCCAGGAGGUGCCGGCAGGGUUUGACUUUGCAUCUUUCGACUACCCUGGUGAAGAUGUGUCUUUUCUGUUAGACAGCAGCAAGGCGUCCACGCAGCAGCCGCAGUAUUCACUCGACAGCAGUUAUGCCGAGCCGCCGAAAGUCAACUCAAGCGACAUUGGUCUUUUCAACAUGGACUCAUUCCAGGAAUUCACCUGGUGGACUUCUUAUCCACAAGACGGGCUGAUGGUGGAGCAGCACCAAGUGAGUGGUUACCAGGAGCCGGGGGCCAAUCAGAGCUACCAGAGCCUGGUGCCCCAGAGCGGCCGGUUCAGCCCGGCCACAGAGGGCAGCCACAGCCCCUUCCCGGGCGUCAAAAACACAGACGGCGAGUCGGGAUACUGCCGCCACACGGCCGACCUCUACCCUGAGUCGGACGGCCAGAGAGGCUUCUGGUCCGAAUACUCCCCGGCUGGCUUUGGCGGUCCCCCGCCGCACCCGCCAACGCCCUCCGUCUGCCCCGCCCCCACCAACCCGAGCCCUCAGCCGUCAGACCACUACUACCCCCGUGUGGCCAAGCGCAAAACUCUCCAGCGGCCCGACAGGGACAGUCACGUGGCCCCUAUGUCCGCUUAUCCAGGUUCUGGCCCGAUCCAGCUGUGGCAGUUCCUACUGGAACUUCUUCUGGAUUCCGCCUGUCGCACCUUCAUCUCCUGGACCGGGGACGGCUGGGAGUUUAAGAUGUCUGACCCAACUGAGGUGGCCAAGCGCUGGGGCCAGUGCAAGAACAAGCCCAAGAUGAACUACGAGAAGCUGAGCCGGGGCCUUCGCUACUACUACCACAAGAACAUCAUCCACAAGACGGCGGGCAAGCGCUACGUGUACCGCUUUGUCUGCGACAUGCAGGGCAUGCUGGGAAAGACGGCACAGGAGGUGCUGAGCAGCCUGAACAUUUUGCCCAGCUCCAGCAGCGCAGAGUCGUCCGCGUCAGACUUCAGCAGCGAGCGAUGGGAGUAAAAAAAACAAAAGCUAUGGACCUUGUGAGUCAUAUCAUGCGCACAAUAUGUGACAUUUGUGUGCAAAGUCACCAUGAGAUGAGGAGAAUUUGCGGUGGGAAUUUUCAACGUGUCAGGCUCAGGGCGAAGGAGGCGUUUACAAAGAGGAACGUGACAGCGCAUCUCCCACUAUGGUAAUUAAAGAAGAAGUGUUGGGGCCCACACCAAAAAGACAAAAACGCUUAUACAAAGAAAAAACGAGAAAACUAAAUUAAUAAAGAAAAAACCCAAUUUCAAAAAAACAGUGCAAUACUACACACAAAUUGCAAUUUGUGAGAAAAUCAUUCACAAGUGUGCCAAAAUAAAUCUAUUUUAAUCUUGGAAAUAAGGUUGCAACGAUAGGAUAAAACAUUUUUGGGACUCUUUUUACGUCCAUAAUACUUCACAGCUUUUACUGUUGUUUCUGUUAACCAAAGUACUUGUAAAUAGUGUUAAUACAGUGUAGUUUUGUGCAUUUAUUAUAUUUUUAUAUACAGUAUACAAAACUCAGGUCUACCUCUGUUGUCCGAUUACAAUGAAUAAACUCAAAUGAUUCGCUCCUUUCCA